AUGGAGUUUCUUCUCUUCCUUUUCUCUGUCACUCUAGGAUUAGCUAAAUUUUCACACAUAGGAGCAGCAGAUUUAGAAGAAUUUAUUUAUCAAAAAUCAGGAAAAGGCCGAUUUAUCUCAUUUUGCUCUUCUUCCCUACAUCCAUGCAUGGUCUUCCAAGACCAAUUUUCUAAAAUCGCAUCAAAAUUGCCUGACCAAGAAUUUGCUUUAGUUGACAUAAUGAAUGAAGAAGGAGCCCAAAUAGCUGCGAAUUAUCAAUUAGAAGGAUACCCACACAUCAUUAUUUACCCUGCCAACGCUGAAAAAUAUAUCAUUUAUACUGGGUCAUUUGAGCCUGCAGAAAUAGAAGCAACUUUUAUGAGAAUGACUGAAAAUAUUCCAAUUUUUGAGAAUUUUGCUGACUUUAAUAGCUCUUUGAGCACUAAAUGCAGCACUGAUGGAAUUGUAUUAGGCGUUUUUCCUAAAAGAAGCCCAAAGUUCAAACUAUUUAUGGAAAUCGCAAACGCCAGCAAGCACUUUCUGCCAUUCGCAUAUACCUUUAGUGAAGAAAUCGCUAAAAUUUUGAAUAUAAAUGAUGGAAUUGUGGUUGCAAGACCUCCAAUGCUGGUUUUAAAUGAAGAGGAAAGAUAUUUUUAUAUAAAAAAUAUAGAAAACAUCGAUAAAGUUGCAGAUACGAUUUUUGAUAUACCCAUUUAAAAAAUAAAUAUCUCUAUAAUUUAUAUUCCCUUUCUUAAUUACCAUACAGCUGAAUAAUUUUUUUGGAAAAUUAUCCUGACUAAACCCCAAUACCGAGCCUAUUCUGACUAAAAAAGCUGACACAAUAGUUUGCUUGUACGCAGAGAUUUCUCCACGAACAAACCCAUCAGGCACAAGAUAUGUAAUUUCCAGAUUCAGCAGAGCCAUAUCAAACUUCAACCAAAAGUUCACAUAUGCAGUCGCUAAAAGAAACGACUACACAUGGCUGCUUGAUGAAAUCAAAGUGUUCAAAAACGUAAAUUCUACAUAGAAUAAGCAUCUUUUAAUGAUUGACGACAUGAAAAAUAUGUACAUUUUGAAUGAAAGUGAAAUGGUCAAAAACGGAUCUUUGCAGGUAGAAAAAAUCACGGAAUUUAUUCAAAAAUAUAUUGAUGGAACUUUGGAGCCAUUUGUGCUGUCAGAAGAGAUCCCUGAUAAAGAAGUAGAAAAAGGAGUUUAUAAAUAUGUAGGGAAAAAUAUAUAUGAAAAGCUAGAAAAUGCAAAAAAAGAUAUUGCGCUGUUUGUUUACUCUUUAGACUGUGAGGACUGUGAAAAAGUGCUCCCUAUGUUUGAAAAAUUAGCAGAAUUAAACAGCGAAAUAAUUUUUGCCAAAAUAGAAGGAACUCUAAACAGGCUUCCAGAGGGUUUGCAGCCUGAUUCUAUCCCAGCAAUCUUCUACAUUAGUCAUAACGACAAAGCAAAUCCAUUGAUUUUUGAGUACGAUGAGGACAUAAGUUUCUCAGAACUUCACAAAUUCAUCAAAAAUAAUAGAAACCAAAAAUCUGACCUCUAA